AUGGCAGGGCACGGCGCCAGCCUGCUCCUGCUCCUCGGGGUCCUGCCAGGCGUCCUGCAGGCCGUCCGGAUCAACGGGCAGGGCCGGGAGGUUUUGUACCUGGCCAAGGGGGACUCGGUCAAGCUGGGCUGUCCCUACGUGCUGGAGCCCGAGGACAACGGCCCGCAGGGCGUGGGCAUCGAGUGGAUCCAGAUCAACCCCGAGAGGACCGGCCCUGAGAACGUGUUCCUGUCCUACCAAGACCACCACGUGAACUACGGCAGCGGUUCGGGGCUGCAGGACCGCGUGGCCUUCGUGCAGACCGACCCGGGGCAGCACGACGCGUCCAUCCGCCUGGCCGACCUGCAGGUGUCGGACACCGGCACCUACCAGUGCCGCGUCAAGAAGAACACGGUGGCCGUGCACGAGGUCAUCGUCACCGUGCAAGAGAAACCGGCGACCCCGCAGUGCUGGAGCGAGGGGGAGCUCAUCGAGGGGGGGUCGGUGCUGCUGCGCUGCUACAGCCGGGGGGGCACCUCCCCCCUGUCCUAUCAGUGGGCAAAGCUGGCCGAGGGCUACGGGGGGGGCCGCCUGCCCUCGGGCACCGUCCAAGGCCGUGGCGCGGGUGACCUCCUGAUCAGCAGAGUGACCCAGGUCCACGCUGGCACCUACCAGUGCCGCGUCACCAACCGCGUGGGCUACUCCGUGUGCCAGCUCACCCUGAGCCCCGCGGCCCGCUGUGGGGGCCCUGCAGGCGGGCGCCAGGCUGGCAUCAUCGUGGGCUCCAUCCUGGGCUCCCUCCUCCUGCUCAGCCUGCUGGGGCUGCUCAUCUGGGCCCUCAUCGCCCGCUACCAGCGCAAGGAGUGCCAGCCGGCCUGCAGCGACUGCAGGAGCAGCUCCGGGGACACGAUGCCCCGCGGGGCGUGCACGGUGUGCGCCCACCAGGGCUACUCCCCGCACGGCAUCAGCUACCUGCAGUGCCAGCACGGCGGCGACGGCGACGAGCGCGCGGCGGCCGCGCUGCUGUGCCAGGAGGGGCUGCGCCACCAGGUCCCCUGCCCGGGGAUGUGA